CGAACUUUGUAUUUUGAAGCAAUCUCUGUCUUCCUUCCUUUCUUUCUUUCCUUUUUUUUUUUUUUUUCUUCAUUCGUUGUAUUUCUGAAAUGGCGGAGGCCUUGCUUGGAAUUGUGCUGGAUAACUUGAUCCCAUUUGUCCAGAGUGAAUUUGCAGCCUUCUUUGGAAUUAAGGAAAAGGCUGAGGAGCUAUCACGCACUUUACAACUGAUCAAGGUUGUUCUUGAUGAUGCUGAGGAAAAACAAUGGUCAAAUCGUCCUCUCAAGGUGUGGCUACAGCAACUCAAAGAUGCCAUGUACGUGAUGGAUGAUAUCCUUGAUCAAUUGCCUACUGAAUCCUCUCAACUUGGGUGCUUAUCUUCCUUGAACCCAAAGAACGUGAUGCAUCGUCGUGAGCUUGGACACAAGUUGAAUGAGAUAAUAGGGAGGUUGGAUCGAAUUGCUCAAGCUAGGACCAACUUUGAUCUUAGACAAGGUGUGAGGGAGAGCCCAAGUGAAGUAGUUGAAUGGCGCCAAACAAGUUCAACUAUCGCCGUUCCUCAAGUGUACGGACGAGAUGAAGAUAAAGGGAGAGUUGUGGAGUUUCUUCUUAGCCCAUCACGAAGCUCCGAGUUCCUUUCCGUCUAUCCCAUUGUUGGCUUUGGUGGUCUUGGGAAAACAACACUUGUUCAGCUGGUCUAUAACGAUCCUGAAGUAGGUAACAAUUUUGAUUUGAAGAUUUGGGUGUGUGUUUCCGAGAAUUUCACUAUGGAGAGUAUUUUGUGUUCCAUUGUAGAAGCUAUUACAAAUGCUAAGUCUGAGCGCAUGACUUUAGAUGUAAUGGAGAAAAAAGUGAAAGAAUUGCUACGAAGUAAAAAGUACUUAUUAGUUUUAGAUGAUGUCUGGAAAAGAAGCCGAGAAAUGGAAUUGGGAUUAACCCAAGACAAAUGGGAUAAGUUAAGAUCUGUAUUGUCUUGUGGAUCUAAAGGCUCUUCCAUUUUAGUGUCCACUCGCGAUAAACAUGUUGCAACAAUUAUGGGCACAUGCCAAGCUCAUCAUUUGGACCGUCUAUCCGAUGAUGACUGUUGGUCGUUGUUUAAACUGCGCGCAUUUGGAGCUGAGAAAGAAGAGCGUGAAGAGCUUGUUGCAAUAGGGAAGGAGAUCGUGAAGAAAUGUGGAGGAUCACCUCUUGCAGCACUGGCAUUAGGAGGUGUGAUGCAAUCCAGAAGCACGGAAAAGGAAUGGGUUGAAGUUCAGAAAAGUGAGGUUUGGAGUUUACCAGAUGAGAAUGAUAUUAUGCGUGUCUUGAGAUUAAGCUACUCUUGUUUAACGCCAACUCUAAAGCAUUGUUUUGCUUUCUGUGCCAUAUUUCCCAAAGAUAUGGAAAUGGUGAAGCAGGAAUUGAUAUAUCUUUGGAUGGGUAAUGGAUUUAUUUCAUCACGGCCAAACUUGGAGGUGGAGGAGGUUGGCAACAUGGUUUGGAAUGAAUUAUACCAAAAGUCAUUCUUCCAAGAUGUCAGGGCUGAUGACUUUUCUGGCAAGAUUUAUUUCAAGAUGCAUGAUUUAGUGCAUGAUCUUGCUCAAUCAAUUUCAGAGCAAGAGUGUAUAUGCUUGGAGAAACAAAACCUUAAUGAUUCUUCAAGAAAUUCCCAUCAUAUUCUUUUUCACCGCAUUGAUAAGAAACAAUUCAAGGAGAGAGCCUUUGAGAAAGCUGAAUCCUUGCGGACAUUGUAUCAACUGAAUUCACAUGAAUUUCCCUUCAGUUCUACGUUGAUUCCGACAACUCAUUCUCUUCGGGUUUUGUGCAUAAACGAUAGAAAGAUACCAUCUUUGGGGAGUUUAACUUGCUUGAGGUAUUUGGAACUUCGUCGUUUGGAUAUAAAGAGCUUGCCUGCUAGUAUUUGCAAUUUGCGUAGAUUGGAAAUUUUGAAACUAAAAAGUUUGGAGAAUCUUCGCCGACUACCCAAACACUUGACAAGGAUACAAAAUCUCCGACAUCUUGUCAUUCAUGAAUGUCGUUGGCUAUCUCAUAUGUUUCCUGACGCUCACAAAUUAUGUCAUCUCAGAACACUAACGGUAUACAUUGUGAAACCAGAGAAAGGGCAUAGUUUGGCAGAGCUACGUUCUUUGAAUCUGGGAGGAGAGCUACGCAUCUCAGGCCUAGGAAAUGUUGGGAGUAUAUCAGAGGCUGAAAAUGCCAACUUGAAGGGUAAACAAGACCUUCGACAAUUGAUGUUGUCAUGGAGCAAUAGUGGUAAGAGCAAGUCGGUAGUGGGAGCAAAAGAAGUACUUGAAGCGCUUCAACCUCACUCCACACUCAAGCUGUUGACGAUACAAGGCUAUGAGGGAACACAAUGGCCAACUUGGAUGGAAAACAAUUCUGCUACCCACAAUUUAGUUUCUCUUCGACUUGUGGAUUGUGGAAAGUGCAGGCAUCUUCCUCCAGUCGGAAAACUUCCAUUUCUGAAGAAGCUUGUGGUAUCUUUCAUGGAUGAUGUGCGGUACAUUGACAUGGAUGAAAGUUAUGAUGGUGUUGAAGCAAAGGCAUUCCCGUCUUUGGAGGAAUUGAAAGUGUCCUAUUUGCCAAAUAUGGAGCUGUUGUUGAAACGGGAAACAACACACAUGUUCCCCUCUCUUUCUAUCCUCUACAUCUAUAAAUGCCCUAAAUUGCAAUUGCCGUGCCUUCCAAGUGUUAAGCACCUCACUGUUUGGCAUUGUAGUAAUGAGCAACUGAAGUCAAUCUCUAAUCUCAGCAGUCUUAAUGAACUAUAUCUUCGUCAUAGUGACCAAGUGUCGUGCUUCCCAGAAGGCAUGAUGAAAAACAUGACCUCUCUUGCAACUCUCGAGAUAGAUUAUUUAAGUGAAUUGAAAGAUCUGCCAUCUGACAUCACAAAGCUCACUGCUUUGACUCAUCUAAGCAUCAGUAACUGUGGGAAGCUGGAGUGUUUACCAGAACAGGGUUGGGAAGGCUUAUCUUCACUUCGACAUUUGCCAAUUCAUAACUGUGAGGGUUUGGAAUCCUUGCCUGAUGGCGUUCGCCACUUAACUUCACUUCAAUCUUUGACUAUUGUUAAGUGCCCAGUGUUGGAAAAGCGAUGCGAGAAAGGAACAGGGGAGGAUUGGCACAAGAUAGCACAUGUUCCCCAUGUAAAGUUUGAUCGUUUUUAG